GGGCUCUUUCGCUUCCUCUCGACCUUUCACCCCAAGAUGGCGGCGCCCGUGGGUCCGAUGAAGUUUUGGAAACCCGGCACAGAAGGACCAGGGGUCAGCCUGUCCGAGGAGAGACAGAGUCCUAGUGAAAGCUCUGGAGUUUCAGUCAUCUAUAAUCCCUAUGCUUCCUUUUCUAUUGAACAGCAGAGGCAAAAGUUACCAGUUUUUAAGCUUAGAAAUCACAUCCUUUACCUGGUAGAGAACUAUCAGACACUGGUAAUUGUUGGUGAAACAGGAUGUGGGAAAAGCACACAGAUUCCUCAAUAUUUAACGGAAGCCGGGUGGUCCGCCGAAGGGAGAGUUGUGGGCAUAACACAGCCUCGGCGAGUUGCCUGUGUUUCAAUUGCAGGCCGGGUAGCUGAGGAGAGGGGUGCCCUGCUUGGUCAUGAAGUUGGUUACUGCAUACGGUUUGAUGACUGCACUGACCCGCAGGCUACAAGAAUUAAGUUCCUGACUGAUGGGAUGCUGGUGAGGGAAAUGAUGGCUGAUCCACUAUUAACAAGAUACAGUGUGAUCAUGUUGGAUGAAGCCCAUGAAAGGACCUUGUAUACAGACAUUGCCAUUGGCUUAUUAAAAAAGGUUCAGAAGAAACGAGGGGAUCUUCGUCUGAUUGUAGCAUCAGCUACACUGGAUGCAGAGAAAUUUAGGGAUUUCUUUAACCAAAAUGAGACCAGUGACCCGAGCAAAGAUACCAGCAUGAUCCUUACCGUGGAAGGCCGAACUUUUCCAGUGGAUGUCUUCUACAUUCAGAGGCGCGGACUUCAGUGGAGGAGGGCUUCGGGAACCUUCCCCCGUCCCCUUCUGCACCGGCCAGCUGGAGCAGACUUCAGACGAGUGCUACGGGGACUCGGUGGAAUCUUCAUGCUUUUCCUCCCCUGGAAUCUUAGUCCUUCCCUUCCCCCUCCACAGAAGGGAUAUGGGCAAACCUGGCAGCACCUUCGUGCCCUCUCUCCUCCACAAAAGGAGAUGGACAGUCCAGUUCCAGACUAUGUAAAAUCAACUGUGGAAACAGUCAUGAAAAUUCAUCAGACAGAAGGUGAUGGAGAUAUACUGGCAUUUUUAACUGGCCAGGAAGAAGUGGAAACGGUUGUUUCUAUGCUGAUAGAACAGGCUCGGGUCUUUGCUCGCACAGGGAUGAAGAAACACCUCCGCGUAUUGCCUAUGUAUGCUGGGUUGCCUGCUUCUGAGCAGAUGAAGGUGUUUGAGAGAGUGUCUCACAAUGUCAGAAAGGUAAUUGUUGCCACCAAUAUUGCAGAAACAUCCAUCACAAUCAAUGGGGUUUCAUUUGUGAUUGACUGUGGCUUCGUUAAGCUCCGUGCCUAUAAUCCCAAAACAGCCAUUGAAUGCCUUGUGGUUGUCCCUGUAUCAAAGGCAUCCGCCAACCAGAGGGCAGGACGUGCGGGCAGGAACCGCUCGGGCAAGUGCUACAGACUUUACACAGAGGAAGACUUUGAGAAGUUGCCACACUCCACAAUUCCAGAGAUGCAGCGCAGUAACCUGGCACCAGUCAUCUUGCAGCUUAAGGCUUUAGGAAUCGACAACGUGCUUAGAUUCCCUUUCCUCUCACCUCCGCCCGCUCAGUCAAUGGUGCAAGCAUUGGAGCUCCUCUACGCGUUAGGAGGGCUUGAUAAAUAUUGUCGUCUCACGGAACCUCUUGGAAUUAGGAUAGCAGAGUUUCCUUUGAAUCCAAUGUUUGCAAAGAUGCUACUGGAAUCAGGGAAUUUUGGUUGCUCCCAGGAGAUUCUGAGUAUUGCAGCCAUGAUGCAGAUCCAGAAUAUCUUUUCAAUUCCUCCAAAUCAAAAGUCACAAGCUAUCAGAGAACAUAGAAAGUUUGCAGUGGAGGAGGGUGACCACCUCACUAUGCUGAAUGUCUAUGAAGCCUUUAUAAAACAUAACAAGAGUUCUCAGUGGUGUCAGGAUCACUUCCUGAAUUACAAAGGUCUUAUCAGAGCCACAACUGUGAGAGAACAGCUGAAAAAACUUCUUGUCAAGUUCAAAGUACCAAAAAAGUCCAGUGAAGGUGAUCCUGAUCCUGUUCUGAGAUGCAUAGUUGCUGGAUUCUUUGCUAAUGCAGCCAGAUUUCACUCUACUGGAGCAUACAGGACUAUUCGUGAUGACCAUGAACUACAUAUCCACCCCACCUCAGUACUGUAUGCAGAGAAGCCACCUCGCUGGGUGGUCUACAAUGAAGUUAUCCAGACUUCUAAGUAUUACAUGCGAGAUGUGACAGCUAUUGAGUCUGCUUGGCUGUUGGAACUGGCUCCUCACUUUUACCAGCAAGGAACGGUACGGACUCGGCAUAGACUCCAAACGCAUCUUUCUCUGAAAGCCAAAAGAACGAAAGUUGAUGACCACUGAUGCUCCAUGGCUGUUGAGCUUCCGGCCGUGUGAUGCUGAACCUGCCGCUGAAUCGAAACUGUGCUACAGACCC